AUGUGCUUUGCUGCUUCUUCUGCAGCAAUGGCGGGGCUGCAGAAGGUUUUGAAGUCCCUGCGAGCAGCAGAUGCUGCCCCGCUGCUGCCGCGUCUGCAGCGCCUGGUGCUGCAGCAGCAGCAGCAGCAGCAGCAGCUGGGGGGCUCAGCUUUGCUGCGAAAGCACCAAGCAGCUUCUGCUGCUCUCCUGGCGCUGCUGCUGCUGCCCAAGCGCAGCACCACCUGGCGCUACAGCGUCAACGCGCGUUCUCUCGAGCUGCUGCUGCAGCAGCAGCAGCAGCAGCAGGGGCUCGGCGAGCAGCAGCAGCAGCAGCAGCAGCAAGAGGAGCCAGAGGAAGAACUGUCUCCAGAAGCAACAGAAACUGUAGCAGCAAUUGUGUCUCUUCUGCUGCAGCGCCUGGCAGACACAGACACCCGAGUUCGCUGGGCAGCAGCAAAAGGCAUCGGGAGACUUUGUUUGUCCCUUUCCAAAAGCUUUGCAGAGCAAGUUUGCUGCGCGGUGCUGGAGCCGUUCGAGGCGGCGACUGCGCCGCUUCCGCCGACUGCAGCAACUGGUGCAGCAGCAGCAGCAGCCGAAGGGGAAGCAGCAGCAGCAGCAGAGAGGGGAUGGAACGAAAACAUACUGGGGGACUCUUCUGCUGCAGCAGAGCGGCUGUUGAGCGGCAGCUGCCUGGCCGUGGCGGAGCUGCUGCGGCUGGGAGUGGUGCAGCAGCAGCAGCUGGAGGGGACCUUGAACUUUGUGUGCCGCUGCUUGCUGUACCCCGGCCGCAGCAGCAGCAGCAGCAGCAGCAGCUUGUCAGGGGCUUCUGUGCGGGAUGCUGCGUGCUACGGGGCCUGGGCCUUCGCGCGCAGCUACCCAGCAGCAGCAGCAGCUUUGCUGCUGCGGCGGCGGCUGGGCCGCCACUUGCUGCUGGCGCUGCUGUUCGACUCUGCUGUUGCUGUUCGUCGUGCUGCUGCUGCUGCUUUCCAAGAAAUAGAAGGAAGACAAGGGCUGCUGCAGCAGGGCCUCAGUGUCAUUACACUUGCGGACUACUUCACUGUUGGCAGCAGACGCUGCUGCUUCCUCACUGCAGCGCCAGCAAUCGCCGCCCUCGAGCCGCAGCAGCAGCAGCAGCAGCAGCACGAGCAGCAGCAGCGAUACGAGCAGGAGCAGCCGCUGUCCAUUGUGCUGCUCGAGUACCUCUGCUGCCGAGUGUACAGACACCCCGACCCCCAAAUGCGGCGGCUUGCUGCUGCUGCUGCUCUUAGAAUAGCUCCUCUUGCUGCUCCUUAUGCUGCUGCUGUGCUGCUGCCGCAGCAGCUGCAGCGGCUGCAGCAGCAAAGCGCUCCUUUGGAGGAGUGCCACGGGGCGUUGCUGCUGCUUGCCUCCUUGGUUGGGGCUUUACGAGCAGCACCAGACCCUGCUGCUGCUGCAUCCAAAGUUGGAGCAGCAGCAGCGGCAGCAGCAACUUCCGCUGCUGCAGCAGCUGCAGCUCCUGUAGAGGGGCCGCGAGCUGCAGCGGCAGCAGGCGCACCGGCAGCUCCAGCGGAACCAGCAGCAGCAGCAGCAGCAACAGAGGCAGCAGCAGCAGCAGCAGCAGCAGCAGAGGCAGCAGCAACAGCAGCAGGAAUGGUAGGACCCGCUCUACAAACUAAAGUCCGAAGCAGCAUUGUCUCCUUUGAGCAGCAAAGGCCCUACAGGCGAAGAGGAGGAGACCUUUUAAGGGAAGCAGCUUGUGGCUUCAUUUCAUCUAUAGCGAGCAGCAGCAGUUGGGCAUUUAGGCGCGCCACCUGCAGCAGGUAUCUGGAGACUUGCCUCGACAGUCUCAAAUCAUUUUCUGCUGCUGUGCAGCUUGCUGCUGCUGAGGCCAUUCGGGCGCUGCUGCUGCACCGCAUGCAGCCGGAGCAGGCGCAGCAGCAAGUCCUCCCCAAGCUGCUGCUGCUGCUGCAGCAGCAGCAGCAGCAUGUCGCAGCCCGCAGCGGAGCCCUCUUAGCAAUCGCAGCGCUGCCUCCCAAGGUGUACCGCCUGGCGCUGCAGCAGCAGCAGCAGCUGGAGCAGCAGGAGCAGCAGCAAGAGCAGCAGCAGACUCAGCAGCCACAGCAACAGCAGCAGGAGCAGCCGCAGCAGCAGCAGCAGCUCGAGCCACAGCAGACGCAGCAGCCACAGCGGCAGCGGCAGCAGCUCGAGCCGCAGCAGACGCAGCAGGGGCAGCAGCCGCAGCAGCAGCAGCAGCAGCUGUUGCUGCUGCCGACUCUGCUGCGGGAAGCAACAGCAACAGCUCCCCUGGGCUCUGCUGCUCUCAACGACCCCCACACCAGGAGACACGCGCUCCUGGCUCUGGCCUUCCUAAUAGAAUCUGUCUCUCCCCUGCAUGCAGCAGCAGCAGCAGCAGCAGCAGCAACAGCAGCAGCAGGAGCAGCGGCACAGGCAGGAGCAGGGGCAGCAGCAGGAGCAGCAGCAGGAGCAGCUGCUGCUGCUGAGGGAGCUGCUGCUGUAGCCAGUGCGCCUGCUGGUGGUAGUGAGGGCGAUGGCGGUGGCAGCUCUACUGCAGCUGCCGCUGCUGCUGCUGCUGCUGCUGAAGCAGCAGCAGCAGCAGCAGCAGUGGACUGGGGGUCCGUGGUGAGGUGUCUGUACACCUGCGCAGCAGACUUCGCUGCAGACCAAAGGGGAGAUCACGCCUUUGGUUUGCUGCUGCUGCGGCAGCAGCAGCAGCAGCAGGAGAUGCAGCCCGAGGAGCCCUUCGCAAGGCAGCAGCUCUCCUCGCUGCCCCCUAUUCAGCAGCAGCUGCCGCAAACAAGCAGCAGCAGCAGCAGCAGCAAUGAGGCCUUGUAUCGUCCUUUUGAGGAGGGAGGAGCAGCAGCACUUCAAAGAACUCACAAAGCAGCAACAGCUCUGCGGCUGCUGCUGUUUUGCGACGCGUUUGAGGUGUACAGACACCUCACGCCGCUGCUGCUGCUGCAGCAAUUUGCUGCUGCUGCUGCAGCAGGUGUUGCACUGGGCCUGGGGGCCUCUCUUGGCAGCACAGCAGCAAGCGCGCACGGCGGGGCCCUCACAGCUCUAAUGCUUGCAGACCGCAUGCAGCAGCAGCAGCAGCAGCAGCAGCAGAAAAAGGUUGUGUUUGACGUGGUAAAAGAUGAUGCUGCUACAUACGAGGGUCUCGUUGCAGCUGCGCUGCGGGCGCGCAGCGAAGUUUGCUGCAGCGAGAACUCGCAGCAGCAGCAGCUACAGCAGCAGCAGCAGCAGCAGCAGCGAGUAGUUGCUGAGGUUGGAACUGCCAUCACUGAUGUGCUUAUAAACGCCUGCGGCGUUACUGCAGCAGCAGCAGCAGCAGCAGCGCCAGCAGCAGCAGCAACAGCAGCGCCAGCAGCAGCAGCAACAGCAGCAGCAGCAGCGCCAGCAGCAGCAGCAGCAGCCGCAGACUACCGCCGCAAACUGAGCGAAGCUGCCACAAUGGCAUGUUCGCUGCUGCUGCAAAACGGCUUCUUCUCUGCUGAAGAUAAGCCUGAGGGUUUGUUAGCAGUAGGUUAUCCAAAGUUGAGGGCUCUUGCUGCCGAGCAGCUGUAUUCAUUCUUGCUGCUGCUGCCGCCAACGGAUUGCCCGCAGCAGCAGCAGCAGCAGCAGCGGCAGCAGCAGUAUUCGGCGUUCAAGCUGCAGCAGCAGCAAAUUGAUGCAGCUGUAGAGCUGCUGAUCACCACUCCAUGGGUGCAGCUGCCGCAGUGGAACCAGCAGCAGCAGCAGCAACAGCAGCAGCAGCAGCAGCAGCACCCGUGCAUGCAGCUGGUGCUGCUGCUGCGUCUCGAGGCCGAAUGGAGCGAAGCGGGACUUCCCUCUUUUUGA